CGGAAGCUGGUAGAGCGAGUCUACCAGCUCAGGAUGCCGCUCUCCUGGGUCUCUAGGCUCCCCGGCUUCUUGCCCAGUCUGCUUCUUAGCAUCUUGGCAGGUCUCCAACAGGUAACUGGUGGAUGCCAACUGCACUACUUUUGCCCUGAAGGAUUUGAGUGCUGUGCCAAUGGCUGCUGCCUGAAGACAGAACAUUUCUCUGGCCCCAUGAGGACAUUUGUCAUCAGCUUCCUGGUCAUCAUCCCCCUCCUCUGCAUCUGUGGCUUGUCAAAGCGUUUGUGCCGAGCUUGUUGGGUCUCUGAGCCAGAGCCCCCAAACCAGCGGGAGGUGCCCAUUGCCGUGUCCUUCAGUAACCCUACUGUGGCCCCUGAGAUUCCAGUAUCUACUCCAUUUGGACCCCCACCGCCCUAUAGUGAGGUCAUUCAGAAGCCAGUCCUGUGCCCACCACCUCCCCGGGAGCCACCACCACCCUACACCCCCACACCUGUUGCAACGACCCAAAGCACUCGAGGGGGAAUCGUCAACCCAGCCUUCUGAGGCAUGUUGGGACACCCUAGGAGCUUGAUGCUGAAUUGAUUUCCCUUCUUGCCUCUGCCUAUUCAAGGGUGUCCUCACUCCUAGGGGCUCUGGGCACUAUCUGGCCUGGGAAUGCUCUCCUUUUCCUAGAGUUUUAAGGACGGAGGGAGAGAGAGGCAAAAAUGUCAGCCCACGAAGAGGCUGGACGAUCUGUCACCUGUCCCAGGAUGCUGAAAGAAAGAUUCCUGCAGGUGGGAAGAGACCUUGGACUUGAGAGAUAGCUUCCCCCCAACUUCAGAUGGAGUGGGCUCAGAUCCUAUCCAGGAUCUCUUGGAUUUUGUGUGCUUGGAGGUUGAAUGGGGGCUUCAAAUAAGUCAAGCAGAGUCAUCCUCUGGCAUAAACAAGAUAUGCCUAGCCUGCUGCCCUACAGUGUCAGAAGUUCCACCAUUAGAGAGCCAUUCCUUUGGUUAAAGUCUAGCCCCCUACCUGUGGGUUUUC